UCUUUUGCACUUUUCUGUAAUUGAAAAAAGAUGUGAUUCGGUAAUUUUUAUUUUUUAUUUUAUUUCUGAGAGACGGCUGAACGUUCGAAUGACUCUGAAUAGAACAAAUAAAUUAUGGGAAUACGAAAAUUGGACACGAAGAGCAAAGGGGAACUCAUUGUCAGUCAGCAGCCUUGCCUGACUCCUUUCUUUCGGUACCGGCAUCGACCCACAGGAGGAGUUUUCCGCUAUACUGCCAACCCCUUGAACAAACCCUGCCAACCUUUGCCAACCCUCUGCGCCGACCUUUAAGACGUAUCAACGCAGCACGCAGGAUUUCUUGUUUUAACACUUUAUGUUAUGCACCCCCUCAUUUUCACGUACUUUUGUUUUAUAUUUGGAACGCUCUAACACCAUUCGUGCAGUUGCUGCUGCGCAGGCUGUUUCGUUUCGCUGUUUUUACGCGAUAAUAUCAAAGUGGAUCAGUCCAGAUUUUUUUAGGGUAAAAAAUUAGAAAUGCCUACCGCGCAAUUUAUAAUGCUCAAGUUUAUCGGGAAUCUUGGAAAAACUAAAGCUAUUAAGUCCUAUCCGAGUUCGUUGAGAUAAGAAAUGCCGCAGAGACGGUUCAAUGACACUUCUUUCAUCGAUCUCCUGAUAUAUCUGGAAGAAACGACUAGAGAAUCAACGUUCGAAAUUCAAAUUUCAACGCGACCUUCGAUUUAUCCAACUUCCAUCUGCAUACGAUAUAACAUCGUUUAAGGGUAUCUUAUAUAGCUCGAAACCAUUUACAGCUACGAUUUUAAAGAUCAAGUUCGAAAUCGGACCUCCAAAUUGCCUCAAGCACACUUUCAGCUCAUGCAAUGCUAAUUGCACACUCGACUGCAUGUGUGAUAUCGACUAUAAUUAGUCACCUACUCAAAGCCGGUUCGCGAUGAUCGUAGAAAAAUUUAUUCCAAGAGUGAAUGCAAGUAAAAGGCACUUUGCAGUUUUCUCCGAAAUGUUCACAGAACGAAGACAGGCAGAUUAAUCUCGAGGCUGAAGUUAGUAACGUUAACGUAUCGAAACAUUGAAACAAAAAAUUACUGUUUCUCACCUUUGGAAUAACAGAAGAAGUUUAGUUUACAAAAUCUCAGUUUGUUGAUGCCGUAUUAACAGUUUGCUAAACUUCAGGUAAUCCUAAAGUUGCAAAAUAACAGUUUUUACUAAACAUGCAUCAUUACAGUAACGUUACAAACUUCAGCCUGGUGCCUGUCUUUGUCACUCUCAAAUCUUAGUGAAAGCAUUAACAUCUAUACCUUCCGUCUUUGUUUGAAAAAAUAAAAUUCAAAAACGUUCGAAGUUCGAAUUCGUCGUUCACCUCGUUGAGAAUGGACUAAGGCUCAACGUUACGCUCGGAAUCGGGGCACGAGCAACGGAACUUCCGGUAGGGAUAACUCGGGGUUGGGAAAUUGUGGCUGAGGGUGACGGGUGGUCGGAUGGCGAAAGGUCCACCUGCGACGCAAACAGGAAGGCAGGGCUAGGGCAGCUCCUGGUCUCUCGCGCACCUGUCCAUCGCACGCGCGCACAAAUAGGUGCGGGUAACGGUAGAAGCCGUGAGGGUUGCGCGCGGGAGUUCCGUUUGAGUCGGCGAUACCGCGUGAUCUGGAAGCCGCGUCCAUCGCGAGUUGCGCGUCUAAGUAAGUCUCUCAUACGUCACCACUGGAGAAUCGGAUGCGUUUUUAUCCGUCAGAUCGGUUCUCAGAGCGUCAUUCAUCACGGUGUGCUGAUCAAGUCCAACGAGGACUUUUGAUUCGGCCGACACUGAUAUGACACGGUAAAAAUGAGAAUUGACAUUAUCGAAGGCCUUUCGGAUGAAGGAUCACUGUCAGAAAAUAUGGAUACGGAGAGCUACGGAGUAGAAGCAGAGCUCACGAGCCUUUCCUGGCUCCAAUCACUCGACAUCACAAGUGCCUCAAAUCUACCGACUCCACCAUGCUCGCCUUCGCCUCCUCCGAUCGCUCAGCAUGCACCAAAGAAAAUGUCACCAUUGCUUAAAGCUGAGCUAGACCUGGCUGAAAAUGCGGAAAAGUACCGUCUCGACUCGGAUGCUAAACCUCCCUUCUCAUACGCAACAUUAAUCUGCUUGGCGAUGAGGGCUAAUAAUAACAAACUGACACUAUCGAGUAUCUACAGAUGGAUAAGAGAAAACUUCACGUACUACAAGCAUGCCGAUCCCGCGUGGCAGAACUCAAUCCGCCAUAAUCUAUCGUUGAACAAGUGUUUCGUGAAGCUGCCACGAUCAAAGGACGAGCCGGGUAAAGGAGGUUUUUGGAAAUUGGAUCUUGAGAGAUUAGAGGAAGGAAGACGUUCCCGAAGGCGAGUCUCGUCCCGCCGAAAUAGCACGACUAAAACGGCGGCACCAACCACAAAUUUGACACCUGUAGCCUUGUACGAAACUCCACCGAGCAGCGUUUCACCCCCAAUUCCAGACAGCCUGCCGGAAGUCCCCGAAUCGACACAAGUCAGUCUGAGCGAGGAUGACCUCACAGGACUUCUGAUCGCAACCGUCGGCUGGGACGAGAAUCAGCUUGAUCUUCUCGACUCUCUACUAGAUUCCUUGUAAGCAUCAUAUUUCUUCUUCUUUGCCUCUUACUUCUUUCCUUCUCCAUACAAUUAUUAUACCGGGUUAUUUCCUUGACGGUUGUCUCACUUGCCGAAAUGCAGGGGGAUUGACUCCUUUGAAAUUAUCGAGAAAUAACCCGGUGUAUACGAUGUAUCGUUCAAGAAAUAUCCCGCGGUAAAUUUACGC